AUGGCAGAUUCUGCUGACGCAGGGGAUAUGCGUGGGAGUUGGCAGUGGCCUACUCGGGCUCACCUCUGUGGGUGUAACUACAAUGUAUUUUUCGAAGAAGAGAAUGAUUGCAACUGGGAUUGCGGCUACAGGAAGCAGUCUAGAUUCUUUGUGAGUACGGGAUCUCCGUGGGCUGUACGUGUACUGGCCCUCAUGAUGCUAGGAUCUCUGAUCGUUUGUUGCACUAUUAUGAGGCUCCGCCCACGCCCUCGUCAGUUGACGACUCUGAUUGAUUUCUGUCAUUUCCACGAUCGGUCCUACAUGGCGUUUGUUGCCGCAUUUGCAUUAAUGAUCUCACCUGUCUACGUUCCGUUUUUCUUUAUCCAGAAGUAUGCCCUCAAGCUUGAAAUUGACGAUGACAUGGCCUUUUAA